GGCCAAGGGAGCCCAGGAGGCGGGUCUCGGAGGAAAGAUAUAAGUGGCCCUGGGGCACGUCCAAGGUGCCCGCUGCGGAGUCUCCACCUGGAAGAGCCGCGGCUGCCGAGGAGGAGGAGGAGAACGCAGAAGCCGGCGGGACCCGCGGACUCACUGCCCGCCGCCGCCGCCGCCCCCGGCUCGCGCUGCCUCCUGCUCGCGCUGCGCCUUGGAGGUCACCCCCGCCCCCGAGAUGGAAACGGUGCAGGAGCUGAUCCCGCUGGCCAAGGAGCUGAUGGCCCGGAGGCCCAGUCGGAAGCUGGUGAAGCUGUACGUGCUGGGCGGCGUGCUAGCCUUCUUCGGCGUGGUGAUCGGCCUGAUGGAGACUGUGUGCAGCCCCUUCACGGCCGCCAGCCGCCUGCGGGACGAGGAAGCAGCGGUCGCCGAGCUGCUGGCCGCCCGAGAGCGGAAGGUCCUGGCGACCCAGACCCUGCGGGAGAAAAGCAAGCAGCAGGAGGCCGUCCUCUGCAGCCGGGCGCUCUCCAACCGGCAGCACGCCUCCUAGGACCCCUGGGAGCCCGCAGAGGGAGUGGAGAGAGAGCCUGAGUGCGAGAAAGAAGAGCGCGUGUAGGGUCGGGCUCAAGUGGGAGAGAGCAGGAGUCCUGUGUUGUUUGGACUUAGAUUUGAGAAGCCACAGACUUGCAGAACUGAACUACCACACGGAUCCACCAAAGGAGUCUGGGAUUAAGUGUUGCUGCUGUGCAGCAUUGCAGGAUGACAUGUCCAAAAUUACGUAUCUUUGAGCUAUGUGAGUGCAUCUACCAUUUUGCACUAGGGUGGAAGGCGGGGAAUGCUUUUUAUAUUAUUAUUAUUAUUACAAUGACCACCAUUUUGCAUUUUGAAAUAAAACCCUCGUUUUAUACUA